CACAAAAAACAAAUUAACAAAAAAUGUCGCUGAACCUUUGAACAAAACUCAAACACACACACACACUCGAACGCGUUCGCGACCAACAAACAAACAAACAAACAAACAGAAACACACACACGCACACACUUAGUGGUGGUGGUGUUGUUUUUGCCUCUGUAUUUGUUGAUGCCAUGCAUUUGAUUGUUGACAAAAUUCCCAUGUAUUCCAAACAAACAACGAAGCGCAGUUCCAAAAAAAAAAAUGAUGAAAUGAACCAGCAGGCGGGCUCCUCAAGGGCGCCAGCCACAGGGGGCCAAAUCUCACCACCAGGUGGCGUAACAGCAAAUUUGGAUGCGCAGCAACAACAACAACAGCAGCAGCAGUACUACAACCAACAGCAGCAGCAGCAACUAUACCAACAACAGCAGCAGCUACAACAACGCGAAAGUUUUUUGGCCUACCAGCAGCAGCAACAACAACAGCAACAGCAGCAGCAGAGACAAAUCGGUGGCAACAGCGGUGCCAACUUUAUGCUCGGCAAUGAGCUCGUCGGCAGCGACAGUCUGCGCAGUCUGAACAACACAUUCGGACCCAAUUCAGAAUUCACAGCCCUCAACAAUACGAGCAGCAACAGCUCUCUGGGCAACCUGAGCACGGCCAGCGGUCAGAGCGCGGCGAGUGCAGGCAGUGGUGCCGGAGGCUAUACCAAUAAUAUGGUGGCAGCCACCGCACAGCAGCAACAGGUGCAACAGCAACAGCAGCAACAACAACACCAACAGCAGCAGCAACAGAUUAACAACAUGGACGCCAUGGGCGGCUAUAGUCAGAUGGGCGGAGGAGGCAUGCAUCCAGGCGCUAAUAGCGGCAUGAUGAACACUUUAAAUGGCGGCGCACAGUAUAUGAAUGGCGGCCAAGGAGCCUAUAAUGGCAAUGCUGGCAUGGGCAUGGCCGGCAUGGGUUAUGGCAAUGGCGGUGGACCAACGCGGCAUCAUCAAAUGACGCCAAUGAACCAAAUGCAAAACAUGUCCAUGGGCGGACCAUGUCCCGGCAACGGCAUGCCCAUGGGCGGGAUGGCCCAACAGCAGAUGGGCGGCGGUGCUGGCGGCAUGAAUCCAAUGGCCAAGAUGCAAGGCAUGGCCAAUGGGGGCUAUCCGCAGCAGCAGCAACAGCAGCGUCGCAUGGCGCCCUACCCGCAUCCACAGAUGCAUUUGGCACAGAAGCGUGCCGGUGGAGGCGGCGGUGGUGGCGCUGUCGGCAUGUACCCGAGCCCGGCGCAGAGUAUGCCACAGCAGCAGCAAGUACCACACGGUGGACAGCCCUAUGGUGGCCAGCAGAUGCAUCCGGGCGCAGGCGGUGGCGUGCCGCUGCCAAUGCAGGCGGGCGCAGGCAAUGGCUAUGGACGGGCCGGACCCAUGGGCGCCGCUGGCUACGGACGCAAUGGUGGUGCCGGUAUGGGACCGGGCGUAAUGGGUGCUGGACCUGUUAUGGGUCCCGGUGUUCCAAUGGGUCCCAUGGGCGCUGGUCCGGGCAUGGGACCCGGCUGCAUGAGUCAGCGUUUCAUGCCGCAGGCGGGAGCCGCUGGUGCCGCCGGCUACGGAAGUGGUCCGAAUGCGCACGGAGCGCAGUUCUAUCCUGGCGGCAACGGUGGUAUGGGCGGCGUUGCUGGCAUGGGCGUGGGCGGUGGUCAAGGCAGCAUGUGUCCGGCUGGUCCGGGCGGUGUGCCAAGCACUGGCAAUCCGUACCAGAAUCAAGGUUUCCAGCAAAACUAUCAGCACAGUCCAGUUCCUGGUAAUCCGACGCCACCACUAACACCCGCGUGCAGCGUUCCCUACGUCAGCCCCAAUCCAGACAUCAAGCCGCCUAUGGACAACAGCGAAGAAAUGAGACUGACAUUCCCAGUGCGCGAUGGCAUCAUCCUGCCGCCCUUCCGCCUGUUGCACAAUCUCUCUGUCAGUAAUCAUGUGUUCCACUUGAAGCAGAAUGUCUACAACACUCUCAUGUGUCGCACCGACCUCGAGCUGCAGCUGAAAUGCUUCCACCAAGACGAUCGGCAGAUGAACACAAAUUGGCCGCACACCGUCACCGUCUCCGCAAAUGCCACGCCGCUCAACAUUGAGCGCUCCGAGAAGAACAGCACCGCCCUGCGACCGCUCUAUUUGAAGUCGGUCUGCCAGCCUGGACGCAACACGCUCCAGCUGACCGCCAGUUCCUGUUGUUGUUCCCAUCUAUUUGUGCUGCAACUAGUCCAUCGGCCAUCGGUGCGUCAGGUGCUGCAGUCGUUGCACAAACGCAAUCUGCUGCCAUUGGAGCACAGUGUGCAGAAGAUAAAGCGAAAUUUGAGUUUGCCAAGUGGCGGUGAUGUGCCGAACGGAGCUGCCAAUGGUGGCAGCACAGACCCCACGCAGCAGUGCGCAAAGAUCUCAUUAAAGUGUCCCAUCACCAAAUCUCGAAUACGUCUGCCGGCACGCGGUCACGAGUGUAAGCAUGUCCAAUGCUUCGAUCUGGAGGCUUAUCUGAUGAUCAACAGCGAGCGCGGCUCCUGGCGCUGUCCCGAAUGCAGCAAAUCCGCCAUUACCGACACGCUGGAGAUCGACCAAUAUAUCUGGGCCAUCCUCAACACGCUCAGCAACUCCGAUGUGGACGAGGUAAUCAUCGAUUCUUCAGCCAAUUGGCGCGCGUUACAGCACAACGGUGGCAUGCCAAAUCCGCCCCAGGUGGGCAGCAAUGGCGGACAAUCGAAUCCAGGCAACAGCAAUGGCAACAACAACGGCAGCAAUACCAGCAUUAACAGCAACAACGUCAUGCCCAGCAUCAAGCAGGAGCUGUGCGACGACAUUGCCAAAGUGAUGUCGCCGGGCUCCACACAACUACCCACAUGGGACAACUCGCAGGCGAUGAGUCCGUAUACUAUGCACGACAUGAAUUCCAUUGCCAGUGGCAAUAUGAUGGGCAACGGUGCUGUCCCCAACGCUGGCAAUCCCGUCGGCAAUGGCGUCUUACCAGGCACGCAAGUUGGCAAUCGCAAUAGCUAUGAUGGCUUCAGUGGCGGCAAUCACAAUGAGGGUGGCAUGCCCAAUAGCGAUGGCGUCAACUCGCUGGAUCAGUUAAAUGCCAUGGAAAAGUCGCUCAGCGAUCAGAUGCCCCACACGCCGCACACUCCAGGCGCAGUCAGCCAUCCGAUGACGCCCGGUGGACCGCCCAGUGUGAGUUCAGCGCACAAUGAACCCAUCGCCGGCGGAACACCCAAUGCCAGCAACAAUAACAACAACAGCAGCAGCACCGGCCACAACUCGCCCCAAACGCCGGGAACACCGAGUCGUUUGGGUGGUGGUGGCUUAUCCAACGCCAACGACAGUCAGGCACAGCAGUCGCAACAAUCGCAACAAGAACAGCUCCUCAACUCGCUGAUGAACAGUCAGACGCAACUGAAGUUUCCGGAAAGCGAUAUUAGCGCCGAGCUGCAAAAUUUCGAUGCUACCAGCAUCAAUGACACGGCGCACGAUCUGAACCUGCUGCAGGAUGUCGAUCCCAUGGAGAUUCUGUCGUAUCUGGAUCCGCAGCCAGAUCUGAAUACGCCACCCUCGAGCGGCUCCAGCAACAACAAUGCUAGCGACGACUUGCUCGCCACACUUUUCGACUAAAUGCGCACAAUUGUUCAGCAAAAUAAUAAUUGCAUAUGAGGAUGUAUGUAAAUGUAAAAUGGCGAACGAAAACCGCAAUCAAGUAGGCAUGCAAAAAUGCAGCAGUUGGCAACGCUAAGUGGUGUGCAGUGUUAAGAAAUGUUGCGUGGGCGGCGCACAGCUGUUUCUUGAACUAGUAGUGAGCAUCUACAAUUUCCUUAAAAAGAAAACGAAAACAAAAAUUAAAUGGAUUGAAAAAAAAAAAAACAAAAACAAAACACUUUUGUAAAUAGUAUUAUUACUUUUAAAAUGUACACUACAGCAAGUACUUCAAUUUUUGUUUCCUCACCCACACACAACACACACCUAACACACACAAAAUUGAAAGAGCAAAAUUUGCCGUGUUGAAAAAACAAUGAAAUGUGAUUUAAAAAUUAAUUAAUUAAAUUAAUUGGCAUUUAAUUUAAAAAGGAGUAAAAAUAUAUCCGCAGCAGCAACAACAACAACAAAUCAGUCAUUAUACAAUAUAUUAAAAUACUGAAAUCUGAAUAACGUUCAAUUGAAGAACGAACAGGCAUAGAAAUUCCUUCAAAUGAAAUUUACGAAUUUAAAAGUGUAAUUUUCGAUAGGGCCCCAACAAGAGCAACAAAAAAAAACAACAACAAGGAAAACUCUUAAUUGUGUUUAAUUUUAAUUCAGUUACCAACGCCUUUUUUAUGUUAAAAAAGCAAUUAUUUUUGAAAGCGUUCUUUGAAAAAGAUUACUUUGAAUUUCUUGUGAAAUGUUUUCUUGUUUAUUUUUUAAAUAUAAUUUUAUUGUAUAAAGUAUACAAAAUAAUGAAAAUUUCAACAACAUUUACAAACAACUAAGAGACAUCAACAGAAAUAUGAGAAAAGUAAACAAAAUCCCAACAAUUUUAUUA